AUGAAUUUUCUGUUCCAAGAUGCCAGAACACAAACUGCGUUUGAAUCCAAAUUUGCCGGCAGCACGGUCCUUAUCAUUACCUUCUUUUGCUGGGAAGUCGGAGUCGACCUACAAAAGAAUCAACUCGGUCUCCUGCGUACUUUAAUCUGGCAACUCCUCGAGUCAAUGGAUCUUGCUCCUUCAGUUCAAAUCUGGUCAAAUGUCCUCAAGAAGGUUUCACCACCCCUGCCUAUUGUCUGGACUCAAAAACAGCUUGGACAUGUUCUCAAAUCCCUGGUGCAAGCCACGAGUUUCAAGGGUUUGGAGGACCAGUUCGACGUCAUAGCAGAUACCAACAAAAUCUUUCAGGACCGUCAGAAGACAAAGAUAUGCAUAUCAACUCGGCCAUCUGCAAGUCUUGAUUCGCUGUAUAAGUCAUGCCCUAAGCUGAGGCUUCAGGACCUUACCGAGUUUGACAUCAAGCUUUACGUUGAGGAUAAGCUCGUCAAGAACUUAGCGACCGAAGAUUCUCAACGGCUCGCCACUUUGGCGUCAGAAGAGAUGUCUGAAUUAGUUGAAAUGGUCGUGGACAAGGCAGAAGGUGUUUUCUUAUGGGUCAGCCUGGCUAUUGAAUCCCUGCUUCGAGGCAUUCGGAAGGACGACGACUGGGAGACUUUAUGUCGACGUGUCGAGCAAUUGCCUGAAGGGAUUUUCAAUCUAUACGAACACAUGUGGAAGCGAAUGGCACUCGACCAGCCUCUCAAGCAAAGGAAGCUGCUGCCUAUCUACAAUAUAUCCGGCUUUUUGGCCGUUGUUCCUUGA